AGGUCAUAUGUACGAACACAGCUGGUCGCUUGCACCUUCGUGAUCGCACUAUACAGUUUUACUCCGUGAUAAUGACCUGACUUAUUUUCUGUACUUGGCUGCUGCCAAUUUCCGUUAUCCUGGGCGAUACGUCCUGAUCGAACGUUUAUAUAUUUUGUUUAUAACUCAGAGGUGUUGUAAAACCGAUGGCACUGUUUGGAUCACUGUUUCGUUUGCCAAGACGCAGAAUGGCGGGAAAACGCAUGGUUAUUGGAAUCUUGUGCACUGUGUGCUUGGUCCCUGGGGUGUACAUCAAGUUCUUUAAUCACGAAUCAUCGGAUAAUCUUCUCUCGGCCAAUCGACAAUCUGUUCAAGGUGAUGACGCCAUCGUUGUAGCUGCUAAUAAACCAAAUUUUCAUCGGAUAGGAACAAAUAAUAAGAUAAAUGAAUUAAAUAAAGACUUUCACGAAUUUGUUUCAAAGGAAAGAGCAGACAAUUUUGAAGCGGAAGAAAUCUAUAAAGAUGACACUCGUCAAGGAGAUGAUGGUGAAAAUGUGGUAUUAGAAAAAGCAGAGCACAAGGACAACGAAGAAGAUGAAGACGUACAUGAAGAGAAUAAAGAGGAUGAAGUGAACGGAGGCAAUGAAGAGGAAGGGAAUGAAGAGAAGCUAGAUGAAUGGGCAGACGAUCACCAAGAAGAAAAUCCAAACGACAUCAGGAAAGAUGAAACGAAAGACUAUCAUGAUGUCGAAGAACAACCGUUUGAUGUCAAUAGACCAGUUGAGCGUCUUGAAUGGGGAGAAGACGAGGAGGAAGGAGAAGAGCUUCGCAAUGCAGGUGGAGAUGGGGGUGAACGAAAAGAGGAGGAAGAAGAAGAGGAAUGUGAUGAGGAGGAAGAAAGAGAGAACAACGCGGAUGAGGAGAAUAAAGACGAGGAAAAGAAGGACGAAAAUGAAGAUGCCGUGAAGGAUAUUGAUGAGAAACAUACUGGACGUGGUCCACACGGUAUAAAACUAUUUGACUGGAAUAACUGGGUGAAGGAGAACCAGUUUGUGGAGCUUGGAAAUGUAUGGGGAUAUUGUGAUGAUGCAGAUCCUCCUGUGAUUGGUAAACUGAUUCUCCUGGAAGAUGAAGAAUUGGGAGGCGUCAAAACUAUUUUUCUUUUCAAUACAACAUUAGAUAUAGACGUGUUAAUUGGAAAGGUUGAGAUUAGCAUUGAUUAUAAUGAUAUGCAUUUCUAUGAGAAAACAUUUAAUCUGGAGGACCUAGAAGAACAAGGCGAUUUCUUCAAGGCACCAAUAGUAAAAGGUGAUCACUAUUUUGUACGUGAAAAACAUAUAUCAAGAUUUGUUCCAAAAGGCCAUUACUACGGGGAAGCGAGAAUGACUGAUCAAAAUGAAAGAGUAAUUAUAUGUUCAACAAUGAAUCUACAUAUGAAAUGACGAAUGUUCAGUCAUGUAAACUUGUUUCGAAUGAGAGAUAUAUACGAAAAAAAAAGACGUCGGGCGUCUUCAUUUUACGGCGAUACCGAUUACGACGUCGAUGAUGAUGUCGACGGCGAUAAUGUCGUGCAAUAUUAAACUUCAAUGGAAGCAUUUGCAUUUCUCCACAUACCAUAUGUCAAUAUGGAUGUCAUACCAGUGGCGUAUCUAUAAGGGGGUGCAUGGGGCGGCCCCCUGGAGGAAAAAUAAUUGGAAACAUGGUAUUACCAUGCUUCAUCUGAUGUAGUCAGAGGGGGAGGGGGUGGGGUGAUUGGAAUGAAGUUGUUUUUGUUUUGCUUGCUUGUUAAAAUAAAUUGGAAGAAAAAAAUGACCCCGUUUUGACCAUUUCCUAUAUUAAAUCCUGAAUAUACCGUGUCAAACUACAGGUUUUUGGAAGUCAUAUAUUUUACGUUGUGCCUUACCUGAGUUAUUUAACUGCUUUGUAAUUUUUCCCAUGCACUUUCAGAAAACCCCAAGUCCUUCAGUUGAUUAGUAUAGCCUAUACAACUGUUGAUUAAAAAGAACAAAAUUGCAACUGCAGAUAUUUUUCUUAUUCAAUAAAGGUUAAUUAACUUCGUGAAAAAGUUCCCCGAGAGUUCUUGUGGGAUUUAAACUAAAAACUAGAAAUCCUCUUCAGUGAUGUAAAAAAAGGUCCUUUGAUGUACUAGUAUUCCUCGCUUCAGACGCACAAAGCAUUGUCAGAAAGAUAGGUAUCCUCCCAUCCUCACUAUCUUGCUAUCAUCUUUAUUUAUAUUUUGCUGUUUUGUUAGCUAGACGAUGUAACCAUGCGGUUCAUGUUAUUGAUGGAAUAAUUCAAUUUUUUGAUAAUGUUCUUUCUUAUAUUGAUAACUGAAUAUAAGGUGAUCAUUACACUGUACUAGCAUUACUUCGGUGAAUCAAUAUUGCAAGAUUGUGAAAAUGUUUGUGUGAAGCCAUCACACUUGUCUAUAUUUUCCAUUAUCUUUUAGUCUUACACAGGGUUUAAACGUAAUCAGGUAUAACCUUUGUACCCCAAAGAUGUGCCUCUUCUGAUGGCAUCUAGCUCUGAUUAAACAGACAUCUUUGACUAAAUUAGGUUAUCUAGUUAUGCGCUAUUAAGUGGUUAUCAUUGUUUUAUCGUGUCACGCCAUGCGACCUUUAACACGAGCUACCUCUGUACAUUGUAAUUGGUAUAUGUUUUGUGCUUUAACAUCUUUGAAUAUAAUUGUUAGAUAAUUUUAUUUUUGUAGAUGAGUUAUUACUACAAUUCGAUUAUCAUAGUGCAUUGGUGAUAUCGUUUUGUAAUAUUUGUUAAUUUUUUUCAUCUUGUUAUCAUUCUAUUGACGAGUGGAAGCCAUGCGCGACCCCCAAAACACGUAAAAAGGAUGUCUUUUUCAAAAGAGGGCACGUUACAUACGUAACGUAAUAAGGGUGUCAAAAACCAAAUAAUGAAAAAAAGGGUAUUCAUUUCACUGGGAAAGCUACGUGUUUAGGGUCAAAUUUGCGAGGGUAUAAAAAAGACUAAAAAUGUUUUACAAAGGAUGUAGGUGUGGGAGGUGGGGCCGUACUUUAAACCGACGUCCGUGACAUAUAACAAGUAAAUUAAAUAUCGCUGUACUUGUUUAGGGGUUCAAUUCAGGGAAUACCAUCCAAGGGUAUCGUUUUGUUUCCACUACUUGUUAAGGGUAGGGUUUCACGUGCCAAUACUUGUUAAAGGGUGCAUUUUUAGAAUUUGGAAAAUACUUGUAUAGGGUGCUUUUCGAGACCCCAUGGUCGCGCAUGGUAUCCCCUCGUCAAUGGAAGUGGCCCCCAGGGAUUUCCCCCUCCUCUUUCUUCUUCUCCUCCUCCUUCUUCUUCCUUUCUUCUUAAUUCUUCUUCUUGAAGCCCUCGUUUACUGAAGAUGUAUAUGAAUGUCGUAUACGAUAUGUAUUAUGUGCCAAUAAGAAAAAUAAAAUCAUAUCAAUAUUUUUGCAUCAUUUUUUUUUCAUAAAAGCGCUACUUAGUCGGUGUAUCUAUCCAUGAUUUUUGUUGUUGCCAAUUUUGCCUGUACCUGACCAAAGAUAUUUUUUUUCAAAUUAAAAUCAAAUUGAGUUUUCGUA